GCUACCUCACAUUCUAAAAAUCUUUCUCUCUCUCUUUGAUUCUGCAAACUAAGGUGAAGAAGGCAAGAACUAACAUUUCAGACAUGGCUGAAGAGGGGCAAGUCAUUACUGUUAAUACCGUUGACUCGUGGAAAGAACAAAUCCAGAAGGGAAAUGAAUCCAAAAAGCUGGUUGUGGUUGAUUUUACUGCUUCCUGGUGUGGUCCAUGCCGUUUUAUUGCCCCAUAUUUUGCAGAGCUUGCUCGGAGGAUGUCUGAUGUAAUCUUCCUCAAGGUGGAUGUGGAUGAACUGAGUAGUGUUGCUAAGGAAUGGUCCAUUGAGGCUAUGCCAACCUUCUUAUUCUUGAAAGAAGGUGAGCUGGUAGACAAGAUUGUGGGUGCUGACAAGGAUAAGCUGACACAAACCGUAGAGAAGCAUGCUGCUCCUGUUACUGUUGUUUGAACUGAAGUACCAUCAGCAUCACAUGAAGAAGAUCAACAACAACAAUAAAACAUUUUAAUAUGUUCUUUUCAGUGUGCAUGUUUUCUCUAUCUAUGCUAUGCAGUUUGCAGAACAUGAACAGAAUAAAAGAAAUUGUUGUGUUGUCUUUUAUUUACAUUAAAAUAAAUGGAAAUUGAAGUACAAACUUUGUGAGCAUAGCAUUUAUGAGAAUGUUUAGCCUCGUGCCUGUGUUUUUCUAUCA